AUGACGGAACCUAAAGUCAACAAUCUCCAGGAUCCAGAACAGAAGAAAUCAGAGUGUAUGCAAACACCCAGUCGCGAUCCAUCAUUAUCGCCUGCUCCUAUAUCCAUCAUGUCCAGAAUAUGGAACCAUAUGAUGGAGCCCGUCCGUACUUCGGCGUUUACUGAAUUUGAAUUACUUCUUUUGACCUUCUGUACCGGUAUUCAAGAUGCAAUCUCCUUUCCCGAUUACCACUGCUUCGCCUCGAACCAGACAGGAAACACUGUGUUCCUCAUGCUAGCUAUCAUUCUACCACACCUGAAUGGGGAGAUGUUUAUCCUGGAAAACAUAGGGGCGGCGCUCGGUUUUUUUCUCCUGGGGGGAUGGUUGACGGGCCAGCUUAGCCAUAUAGUCGGUCCGCGUGUGAGACUAUGGCUCAUCAGCUGCAACUUUGUUCAGUCAUGCCUGGUGUUUAUCGCUGCAGCGAUGCAAUAUAUGUACGGGACCGAACCGAAAGGUACCAAUGCGGUGAUAGUGAUUAGCCUUCUGGCAUUUGCUUCUGGUAGUCAGGUGGUGCAGUCUCGCUCGUUCCAGAUGACGGAGAUCAGUACAGCGAUGGCCACGGCGGCUUGGAUGGAUUUGAUGAUUGACCCUCGUCUCUUCAAAUUUAACAACCGACCACGCACACGACGGGUGCUAUUUCUAGGAAUGUUGAUCCUUGGGUCACUAACGGGGGCGGGCAUCUACCGGACUGUUGGGUCUUGGGUGGCCAUAUUGGUAUCGGCGGCUGGGAAGAUGCUUGUUACGGGCAUGUAUUUUUUCAACGGCGCCGAAAAGCCCAAGACAGCGGAAAGCCAGAACGCGUGUUAG